GUUGUAAACAAAGCGUUCUGUGCUCCUCUUUACCUGCUAAAUGUCUUCUACUAACUGUAGUGUAUUUUUAAACAAAUUAUGUUAAUUUUUAUAUCAAAUACACAUUAUUUAUCAUUCCAAAUGAUAUAUUAUUUAAGCUGAUAGUUACAUUCCAAUUGUACAGUCAUUUAAACAUAAAUGUAACAUAAGGAAAUAAUGUCAUGGACGCUUCGCAUGUUGUCAAUCAAGAACUACAAAUUCCAUAUGAGUAUAUGACAGCUCAUUCGAGACCUGAAAGAGUAAAAUGCAUCGUACAUAUUUCAUGGCUCAGGAGCAUUUUGACCGCCGGGGAGCUGUCCCAAUUUGUUAAGCAUGAUAAACUUAGCGCCGCUGAAGUUUGUGCUUGGUUAAAGCAGGGAGAGAACUUCGGUCCCCUGUGGCAAAAACUUUUAAUUACUGUGAUAGAUAAGCCAAAUAAAACUGUGAUCCCUCUGCCUAGAGCCAGGUCGGGAGCUAAACCUGAUGUUCAGUUGACCUUUUCUCAGACCUGCAGCUAUGUGGCACAAACUAACUAUAAGAAUAUCUGGAAGGAGGCCUACAAAAAGUACUCGAAUUCGUCAUUCAAUGGCAAAUUGCAGGACCGUCAGUGCAAAAUAAACCUAAUCGAUUGCGGUGAGGUUCUACGGGAGGUUAUAAGCAGAGCUUAUGGUUGUCCAAUCAUAGCCCUUAAUAGUAGCGUCACCGCAGAACAGCUGGAACCUAACAGUGGGUUCGAACCCCACCCAAAUCUGCUACCCGCUCUUAUUACACUGGAGACUGAUCGCAAUUUCCUCAUUAUACAGGAGUUGGAAUACGAACACUCACUGCUAGACUGCGUUAGAUUCAGUCCGGCCGUUUUGUCAGGUGGAUAUUCCAAGCCUCUGUUCAUAAUAUACCAGCUGUUACGGCUUAUGAGACAACUGCAUGACAAUGGUCUCGUUCUAGGAGACAUCACCCUGUCCGACAUACUCAUAUCGGAUAAUCUGUGGAUACAGGUUAUGCCUAGACUGUCAGCCAACAUCUACAACGCACCCUCAGCUACAACAACAGCUGAUCAGCUGGGCGGCAAGGACGAUCAGCUGACGCAGCAGCGGACGCCAGACGACAGCAGUCAGCUGACCGAGUCGCAGACGCUGAGUGACAAUCAGCUGUUGGGUGGUGACAAUCAGCUGUUGGAUGGAGACAAUCAGCUGACAGCUGGCGAGCAAUGGCGGAGAGGGGAGCUGGGUAAACUGUGUGAGGCGUGGGCCAGAGGUCAAAUCUCAAACUUUGACUAUUUGACUGCUUUGAAUAAGCUGGCUGGAAGGAGGUACGGUGACCCCCGUAGCCACCACGUGUUCCCGUGGGUGACGGACUUCACUUCUCGCAGUGGUGCCAACUGGCGUGACCUCACUCGGUCCAAGUUCCGUCUCAACAAGGGUGAUAGACAACUAGACCUCACCUACGAUCUGCCGCCUAAUGCUAGUGCCAAUCAGGUCCCGCACCACGUGUCAGACGUGCUCUCAGAGAUCACAUACUACGUCUACCUGUGCCGAGUGACUCCCAAGGCCGUGCUUCAGAAGUACGUGAGGCCACAAUGGGUGCCGGCUGAGUAUCCUUCCUCUAUACAGCGGUUACAACAGUGGACACCUGAUGAGUGCAUACCUGAGUUCUUCACUGAUCCCACCGUCUUCAAG